AUGGCUACCUCAGCUGCACAUGGUUAUGUCCAAAUAUGGAGCAUGAAAACUGGUAUGUCUAAGUCAAAAGAAGCAUUCAUUAAAACAGUGAAAGGAAAGAAAAUAGUUAAAUUGGUUCUUUAUUUCAACACUGGAGAAAUUAAAAGUUUUCAGCUAAGUAAUAAUAUUAAAAACGUGGUCCUUAGAUCCUAUGGAGAAAAAGAAAAUUACCUGCAUUUAACUUUCCAAAAUAAUAACUUCUUGUUUAUUGAAAGAUUAUCCUCUACAGAUGCUGAAAACUUGAAGACACUCCUGGACACAAUCCAUGAAAACAAGAGUCAGCCACACGGGAGACCUCAUAAGCAUAAGGGUAUCUUAGCCAGCACAACACAGAAGGAAAUCCACCAAACUAAAUUUCACAAAGUUAAUAAGAAAUCAAGAAGUGGAUCUUAUGAGACAGGAAAAGGUAGUGAAACACCUGCCCUUCAGAAGAGACCAUCAAAAUCAUUAUUGCCUAUUUCCAAAGGGUUUAUAGAGAAUUUACAUAAGAAGAAGAAACAAAUGGUAUUGUCUGGUUCAGAAAUGAAAGAGAACUUCCUGAAAGAAAACUCCCUAGGAAAGAAGAAAUCCAAGAUGAAUCCCUUGAAAUAUGUAAGCCACAAUCCGGAGAAACAAUUCAAGUCAAAGGAGUUAAAAGAGAAUAAGCAAUUGGAGUUGGAAUCUUUAUUUAAGACCAACUCUACUGGAAACCCUUCCCUAUAUUCCACUGGUCUCCAAACUCUCGUUGAGAAAAUAUUUUUGGCAUUUUUUUUGGAACCAGAUUGUAAUGAGUAUGGCCUAGAGUGGGAUGAAUUCAGGAUGUCCCUUGACUUACACCCAGAUAAGCUAUGGCAAGGCCUCCCCAAUUUGGGAAACACCUGUUAUAUGAAUGCAGCCUUACAGUGUCUAUUUUCAAUUCCAUCAUUUGCUGAUGAUUUACUUAAUCAGGGUUUCCCUUGGGGUGAAAUGCCCCUGAGUGCCCUUAGCAUGUGCUUGGCACAACUACUCAUUUUGAAGGAUGUUUAUAACAUAAAAGUCAAGGAGAAGUUACUUGUGAAUAUUAAAAAAGCCAUCUCAGCAGUUGCAGGGAUAUUCUCUGACAAUGUACAGAAUGAUGCUCAUGAGUUUUUAGGUCAUUGUUUAGAUCAGCUGAAAGAGAACUCAGGAAAAAUAAACACAAUUUUGAAGACUAAAAGUGAAUCUGAGGAAGAAAAUUCCCCUCAACAAGUUUGUGCUGGUGAUGCUUCCACUGAAGUGUUUGUUUGUCCUGUCAUCAGUAAUUUUGAGUUUGAGUUGUUGUGCUCUAUUGUUUGUAAAGCUUGCGGUCAGGUUGUUCUCAAGACAGAACUGAGCAAUUAUCUCUCUGUCAACCUUCCCCAAGGACCAAAAGCACUUCCUUUUUCUAUUCAGUCUACUUUAGAUCUUUUCUUUGAAGCAGAAGAGCUUGAGUAUAAUUGUGAGAAGUGUAAGCACAAGACUUCUGUUGCAGUGAACAAAUUCAGUAGGCUUCCCAGGGUCCUUAUCGUCCAUCUGAAACGUUAUAAGUUUAAUGAGUUCUGGUCCCUGAGAAAGGAUGCCCAGAGAGUCAUUAUCUCCAAAUAUUUAAACUUGUCUUCUCAUUGCAACAAAAGCACUAAACCACCUUUUCCACUGAGCAAGAAAGCACGUAUUAGGGAUUUCCAAGUAUUAAAAUUUUUUCAAAACAUGAAUUCUGGAACCAUCAGCUCAUUAAGACAUUCGAUUAAGUUGACCUUGGAAUCCAAGAAUUCCCUGGCAGUACACAUGAGAUCAGACAAGGAGUCAGAACCACAAAAAUACCAGAGAGUCCUUAAAGAGACAAGCAGAAAACAAUGGCAAAAAGACCUGGAGAAAAAUUCUAAACUGAAUAUAACACAGUCAGAUGAGGCACUCAUUGAAAAAGAGCUAUUAGUUGGCUCAGUGAUGUAUCUAAAUAACCUUUCUCUGAUCCACAGAGAUGGAGGUAAAUUCACCAGCAGCACAGACAAAUGUGUCACAAAAGUUCAUCAUCGAGAAGUUCCUGAAAACCCAAAGCUAAAGAAAUACAAGAAAACCAGUAUGUGUGUAGCUGUUGAUAAGGUCACUCAGCCUACUGAAAAUUUUUAUCAAAAUGAAAAAAUUAGAAUUCCAGAAGGAUCCCAAGAAGGGAUGAGAAUCUGUAAAGAAGCUUCUCAGCAAGCACUGCCUAAAAGCUUUCCAAAGCCAGAUGCCCAGGGACACACAAAGAACUGCAGAAGACCCACGAAAUUAAAUCUCAAGGAUGAUAAUGUGAAGUACCAGGGUGCAUUGGGUUCUAAAAACGACUCUAGAAAGAAAUGUAUUUUAGAUAAGAAGACAGAGUCUAAAGCCAAGGAACCCAAAAGAAAUGCUGAUAAGGAAGAUCUUCCUAUCUAUCAGCUCAUUGGUAUUGUCAACCAUGUUGGUACAACCCCAAGAUCAGGCCAUUAUGUCAGCGAUGCCUAUGACUUUGAGAGGCAGGCCUGGUUCACUUACAAUGAUAUGCAGGUGUCAAAUAUCCAAGAGGCCCGGAUGCAGGAGGCGAGGCUUCGUACCGGGUACAUACUCUUUUACAUGCAUAAUGAGAUCUUUGAAGAGCUGUUGAAAAGGGCAGAAAACUCCCAACUUCAUGGCAAUCAGGCAGGGAAGACCCCUCAGGAGAAAUAA